AUGUUAGACGUCAUAGGCGGUGCUGCUCGAUGUCUGCUUUUGUGGUGUACCAUUGGAACAGCGUUCACCCGACCGAGGCAAGAUGAACUUCACGACCUUGACCCUGGUGAUUUUCAGUCGAUAUCGUUGAAGGGCUUUUUGUCCAUUUUGACGCGGCAUUUCCGGUUUUACUUCUACCUUUAUUACGGCAAUAAAUUUGGGUCAGUCAUCGGCGUUUUGGAGUUUGUGGCUAGUUGUUCGAUGUUCGAUGGCGACGAUCGUCUUGCCAGUCAUCGGUGUCGUGAUGCUAAGUUCGCAAAAUCGACGCUGGACAUCGAGCAACGGGGCAAUGGAACGGGAACCGACGGAUGCGAUGACGAUGCCCACAAUUCCGUCAUGAGGAUGAACGAGGGGCGGCGAGGCAGCCACACUAAUGUCGUCGAGUCCGUGACUGUGACAAACGGUCAAUGUAGUAACCAGUCUAACCUUCACCUGCCGGUGACUGUGACCAUGCAUAAGAAGCGGGCGGCGCCGAAGCCGCCAUGCGAUUUUGUACCUCCAAAAGUAGACCUGUCGUCAACAACAGCGAUUACGACCACCACAAUGUCCACGCCGAAAUUCAGCACGCCAACCGCCACCAAAGAUGACCAAGUGGCAUUGGAGCAUGGCGUCGCCGUUCACAUGGAUGACUCGUGUUAUGGCAGUGAGGAGCCAAGCCCGGCCAGCCAGGAUUCGGCUGCCAUUAAAACACACCCAGUUGUGGUGGCCCCCUUCACUGUAAUGUCGUCAACAACCAGUAAAAAAACGGCGGUUGCCGACGAGGUCGACUCGGCUUCGCAGCUGCUUACUCGGCCAGCACGUAAGUCGAAGAGGAGGGCUCCAAUGCCCCCUCUGACGCUGCCUGUCGAAGAGCCCGAUGACGGUAAUGAAUCUUAA